AUGGUGGGGAGACCGGGUUUCAUAAAGGUGAUCGAAAGAGUGUCGAGUCAGAUGGAGAAGUCGGGCGACAAUUACAAGCUGCUAAUCGCGAGACUGAACACGGGGCUCAAGGCUUACGCCAGGGAGGAGAGAAAGAGAGUUCGUGCCACGAUGACCUUCCUUCAACAGGCAGUUGCUGAUCUGAAACAGGAGUGGCUGGGGGACCCGAGCUGUGUCCGGCUGAAAGACCUACAGGGUGAAAGGGAGCUCCAACUGAGAAGCUAUCAGCAGUCACGGCAGGAGAGACUGCACGUGAUGGCCGGGAUGAAGGAGGUGACGUUGGGUGAGAUUGCAUCACCUCUCCUAUCUACGAAGAUUAAGGGCCAGAAGGAACACACACAAAUCACGGAGUUAAACGUGGGAGGCACUAUGGUCAGUGACAAUAAAAGCAUUUUGGGUGCAGCUUCGCAGUACUACCGGCAGCUGCUUGGAACAGACAGACAGACGGUCUUAUCUGAGUGGGAACCCCCGGCGGACAGAAGAUUGUCGUCGGUAGUGGCGGAGUCAUUGACUGCCGAGUGGUCGGAGGAGGAGGUUAAGAGCGCGUUUCAGUCGAUGACGAAAAACAAGGCUCCUGGCCGGGACGAGUUGCCAAAGGAGCUCUUUGAAGUGCAUUGGGACAUCCUGGGCAAACACUUCAUGUCGCUGGUGAAAAACUUCUCGGACACGGCGUCCCUCCUAGCCUCCACCAAGGACGCGGUGACCAUCCUGCUGCACAAGAAAGGGGGGAGGGAUCAGCUGGAGAACUAUCGCCCUAUCACAUUGCUCAGCUUCACCUACAAAGUGAUAGGCGCGGGUGGUAGCGGACAGGAUGAAGAAAGUGCUCUCGGAGGUAGUCUCACCGGAGCAGUUUGGCUUCUUACCAGGAAGGAGGAAGCGACGAACCGAAGGAUAGGCAUUUCCGAGGGUGAUCAGCGGCUGGCGUACCUUGGUUAUGCCGACGACACAACUCUUAUCCUGGAGGGGGAGGAGCAGAUUGCAGCAGCAAAGAAGUUGUUAGAGGAGUUCGCAGGGGAAUCAGGCCUCGCUACUAACAAGGAGAAGUCAGUUGUCUUACCGCUGGGGUCGAAUCUGAGCAAGCAGCCCUGGAAGACCGAUGGCUUCAAAUGGGCGAAGGCUGAUGAGGCAAAAAGGCUACUGGGAGUGUGGGUGACUCCUGCCGGAAGCUGCAAUCCCACAUGGGAGAAGGCUUUCACACAGAUUAAGCGGAAAUUGUCGCAGUGGGAGGCGCAGCACCUCACAACCGACGCGCGUGCUGCGGUGAUAAACUGCUACAUCUCACCGAUAAUCUUCUUUCAGGCUCAGGCGUACCCGCCACCGGUGGAUAUUUGGGGGAGGAUACUGAAACUGACGCACAAAUUCAUGUCGGGAAAUCGGGCCUCUGCUGACAAGGAUUUCAUACUGUGGAGUAGAGAGCUACUGUACAUGGCCAGAGAAGAGGGGGGCGUCAGUAUGAAGGACCCGGAAAUCGCACUUACCUGCCUAAUCGCCAGAAAGAUCAGGCUGCUGCUCACCGAGACGAACGCGCUGAAACGCGACAUCAUGCUCCAGGCUGCGGACUUGCCGCUGGGAAUGGAUACCUUCGUCGCUCACGUGAAGCUGCUCAAAUGCUGGCGCGGGAAAAGCGAGCGGCAGAAGCUUGCGUGCGCUAACUUCAUGCAGUCGCCGCUCGCCAGCACGCUGCUUGACUUAUCACGGGAGGAAGUGGCGAGGGAAAGGAUCGUUUUCAAUCGCCAUAUCCUGAUGAAAGGCACGACUCCGGUGGGCAGCCAGAAAGCCGCGGAGAAAUUGUGGGAGGUGCGUCUGGGAGACCUGCUGGCUGCGGGCGGUGACGGGAGCUGGCAUGUAAAGGAUGAUAAAACCCUAGCGAGGGAGCUCGGUGGCUCAAAGCAGGCGAAACUUGCUCUACGGGCGUGGGAAGCAGCACCGCAGAGCUCGAAGCUGCUUCUCCUCUCAGCCGAGCAAUCUGGCGCACCUGCCACCCAGCUCCGCACUCCGCUCCAGCGCACAACGGCUUCCAGUGGCGGGGGGCUACCAUCGCUGAAGGAGCUGAAAGGGAACUGGCAACAGCCGAAACAUCAAUCAGCCAAACGGGAGCUCUGGGCAGGCAGAUGGGUAGGAGUUAUCGACCUGAAAAGGGUUUUGAAAAUUCGGGACUCGCUGGUGACACUGAACCAACCGCGUGAUGUGCUGCUGAGAAUCCACAGUCUCAACCUCCAAGUGGGAGAAAGGCUUUCUUUCUUGAGUGGAAAGCCGAUUUGCCUGCACUGCGGGGAGUUUGAGACCCUCGAACACUGCCUCUACACCUGUCCAAGAAUCCAGACGGUGGUGGUGUCAGAAUAUAUCUGUAACUGCCUGUAG